AUGUCUAUAAAACUAAUCACCAACAUUAAAUGUACGAGCAUUCCAUACCUCAAGUUUUCUUUUUCUUUAUCUUCUCAUUCACCUUUUAGACCUUUCAAUAAUGUUUUGUCUGAAACUCCCAGUUCUCAGGCGAUCAAAUUUGCUAUGGCCAGUAUUACUAAAUUCUACGUGAGUGUGUUAGCCACAAAAUCUGAUUUGCAUUUAGCCUGCCACCAUCAUACAGAUAGCUAUGAAAAUAGCAAAGAAUUGGUGACAAAUAAAAUUGAUAUCACCGGGAUGACGAAUGUGUGGAUGAAUCUUUUAAACUUACCUGUUUGGUGA